AGUUGCAGUAAAAUAUGUUUUGGGGAUGAUAUUGGGCUUGACUCAUGCUCUAAUGAAGACAGAGAAGUGCCUGGACUGUCUGAUGAUGCACAAUGGACUGUGAUUGAUAUCUUGAAUGUGCAAUUCAGUCUCUGCCCUGAAGAAACUGCUGAACUGUGUAAUUCAUUGUCCUUGAAUGGUUCGAACAAGAGUCCAAAAGCCUGAAAGUUUUUGGUCUCAGCUUAUUGAGACAAUUCUCACUCUGACUGAUAUCAGGAAAGGAUUCAGAAAUCUAACUACUAGUGGAUUCUUUUUCUGACUACACCCCAAAAUAUGAGAUUUCCUCCAAGAAUUCAUUGGUUUACUGUUGGAAGUCAGAAAAAAAAAGGGAAACAUACUCCUUAAGAUGUUUUACAGAAAUUAAAGGAUUGAAGUUUUAAGUUGCCUUGGAGAAUACAUUAUAAACCACAAUAUGAUUUAUGAAAUAAAAUAGUUAAUUUGACAAAAAAAAAAAAAAAAAAGUUCAUAUUACACAGAGGAUGUGUUGUAGUUAUGAUUUACUAAAAAAAAAAUAAUUCACUGUAAAAUAUAUAUCAAAGCCAUAUACAAACUUGAUUUCUACAACAAAUCUAAGAACUACAGAAAAAUACCUGGAAAAUAUUUUCUGCAGAUGAUGUAAAUUUUCUCAUUGUAUAGCUGCUUAGGAUGAGUCUGGCAUCAUUCUAACUUAAAAUGGCCCCAAAACAAGUAGGUGACUAAACUAACAGAGAGAGGAGGAAAAGACCAGUGCUUUUCAAGCAGAGUGCCAUAAAUGGCCAAAUUACAUUAAUAAAGUAUACAGUAAUCGAAAUUCAUUUGAUCUGCAAUUAUGAUGCAAAAGACAAAGAUCUAAGGUAGAAGAGACAUACCAUUAGCAAGGAAUUGCACUGGGAGCAUUGCAAACACCAACCCCAAAGACUGUGUCACUAGCACUGACUGCUUUGCAUUCAAGACGAACUUGUUGGUACACAAAUUACAAAUGCAUUGGGUGCCUCUGGGCCUGGGGCAGCCUGGAAGAGUAUAAAAGCCCAUCCAACAUUAAGCUCCCUCAUCCACUUCUCUUGCCUUCUCCUCCUUGGUGAAAAAGGUGCGCCUCCAUCCCACAGCCAUGUCGUGCUACGAUCUGUGCCGUCCCUGUGGGCCAACCCCACUUGCCAACAGCUGCAACGAGCCCUGUGUCCGGCAGUGCCAGGACUCCCGUGUGGUGAUUGAACCAUCUCCCGUGGUGGUGACCCUGCCCGGCCCCAUCCUCAGCUCCUUCCCCCAGAACACCGCUGUGGGAUCCACCACCUCAGCUGCCGUUGGCAGCAUACUGAGUGCUGAGGGAGUGCCCAUCUCCUCUGGAGGUUUUGGCCUCUCUGGCUUUGGUGGCCGCUACUAUGGCAGGAGGUGCCUGCCCUGCUAAAGCCCAUGAGGACGUCCAGUGAGAGCAUCGACCACGAAGCCCGAAGCCAGGUGCUGGACUGAAGACGGAGCUGCUGGCCAGAGUUUCCAGAUGGGCUGAGCACCCUCGUGGCCUCCUGCAGAGCAGAGAGGGAAGCCAGGGUGCCAGCCUGCGCUGUCUGGAAACAUGGCCAGCAGAUAUCUUCUUCUCCCACUUUCUUCAUUGCAUGACAAGUCCUUGUUUUCUGCUGCUGUUCUGUGCCAUUGGUUCAUCUGGAAGCAAGUCAAGAGUGUCCUGUUUGUUCUUCCUCUUCCCAUGUGAGGGAGGAAGACAUGCAACCCAUUGUGUUGAAGUGGGAUCUGACUGCCAGCUCUCCUUGUGGCAGCUAGGACUGGAUCCCUUCCUCCAUGUGCUGCUUUGAUUCCUUCUUCAGACUCAUUAAAGUUUAUG